UAGCUUGCACUAUUGCAGCUAAUCUAUUGGCAAUAAAAUUCCUCCGUAGCUUUCCUUCUCCUUUAAGCACCAGUGGCUCCACUGCAUUAAAUGUUUCUAGUUUCACACAAACAGUAACCAUAUUCUAUCACUGGAACAUGGGAUAUAGGUGGAAAUACAGGACAAUGCCGACCCCAAAGGAUUCCCAGACAGUGACAGUUUUGCAGACAUUAAUAUUGGUGCUACAAACAGAUAACAAGGUAAAUGAUCUGGUCAUUAAUCUGUCCUUAUAGGAACUAACAGCAGAUGAGAGACGGGUAGUGAUGGGCACAUUUAUUCACCAGGCACAAAUUUGUGAAAUUGAUGACAAAAUGUUGUAGACACCAAUGACUAUUAAACGGUCGCCCAUUGACUUUAAUCUGUGUCAAAUUCUGCCGGCAUUGGUGAUCCCUGUGAAUUGACGCCGGCAUCAAAAUUCGUGCUUCAUGCAUUUUUCUCCCGUUUCACAAAUUUCCCUGGAAAUCGCGGUGAAGCAAAACAGGACAAAUUCUCCCAUCACUAGAGACGGGUACAGAAUGAGGUUUCAGCAAUUAUCACUUUCAAUACCACUGACUUCCUCACUUGGAAUAUUGACUUUCUAAAGUUUUUUAGAUGUACUGAGCUUAAAUUGUGCUUUCUUAAGAGAAAUAACUAUUAUUAUGUGAAAGACUGAGCUCUCAGUUACAGUGAAACCAUAAACAAACUAAAAAAUUAAAUUGCAAAAUAUGAAUGUGAAUUGAAAGUUGCUUAUAGGUCAUGUUGUAAACUGAAUCCACCUGUGAAACUGCUUAACUCGAUGGUGGGUUGUUUCUGUUUCUGUGUCUUUAAGUAGAUUCACCCGAGGAAGGAUUUCUGAAUGGGAAACAUCUAGUGAGACAUUUCUCAUGUACAAUAAAUGGGGCUCUAAAGAAGCACGACAAGGGGUCCUACAAAUGAUAUAAAGAGACCAGGGAACAUAAAUGUCCCCCUUAUACCCCCAAGUUACUGCUGAUGGGAAUUAUUAAUGGGAAGUGCUGCCACUUCAACUCUCUAGGCAGUGAAUGGGAAUUUAAGGGUUAACAGGGAGUCAAAGUUUGAGCAAUAAAAUUUACCCACCCUGUGUAAGAUAAAACAAGUCCCAUUGGUUAUAGAGAGUUUCGUUUCUUGUUCCUGAUUUCAGUGAUGGCGGCUGCUGAUCUGAGAGACGAGCUGAGCUGCUCCAUCUGCCUGAGCAUUUAUACUGAUCCUGUAUCCCUGCCGUGUGGCCAUAACUUCUGCCAGGUCUGUAUUGGGACAACAUGGGACACCCAGGAGGGAUCUGGGGCUUAUUCCUGCCCUGAAUGUAGAGCAGAGUAUCAGGAGCGCCCUGCCCUGUACAGGAACAGAACUCUGGGUAACAUAGCAGAGAGAUUCCUUCCAACUGAGACAGAGCCGGGGGAGACUGGGAUCUUCUGCACCUACUGUGUCCUCUCUCCUGUACCUGCUGCUAAAUCCUGUCUCCUGUGUGAGGCUUCUCUGUGUGAUACCCACCUGAGGGGGCACAGCAAGUCAGCAGAACAUGUACUGACCCAACCCACCGACUCCUUUAUGGGGAGAAAAUGUUCUGUACAUCACAAGGUUCUGGAGUAUUACUGCUGUGAGGAGUCUGUCUGUGUCUGUGUGUCCUGCUGUCUGGCCGGAGAGCACAGGGGCCACAGGGUGGAGCUGCUGAGUGAGGCCUCUGAGAAGAAGAAAGAGAAACUGAGGAAAGUUCUGGAGAAACUGAGCCAAAAGAAAAAGAAGACUAAGAGAGGAGCCCAGAGACUGCAGGAGCGCAGGAGAGAAGUGGCAGAAAAAGCAGCCGGUGAGACAGAGAGAGUCACUGCCCUGUUUAGAGACAUCAGGGAACAGCUGGAAGCCCUAGAGAAGCGACUCCUGAGUGACAUCUCCAGCCAGAAAGAGAAGCUCUCACUCACACUCACUGAUCUGAUGGAGCAGCUGGAAAUAAAGAAGGACGAGCUGUCCAGGAAGAUCCGUCACAUUGAGGAGCUGUGCAACAUGGCAGAUCCACUCACUGUCCUACAGGAACGGGAAUCACAUGGAGCUGCAGAUAAUGAGGGGGGCAGAGAGAGACAUGAUAUAAAGGUCCCUGCUGUAGGGGAUCUGGAUGUGGAUCUGAUCUCAGAGACAUUACUCACAGGCUUAGCUGCCAUUGUGACUGGGGUAAAGGGAAGGAUCUAUGGGCAGGAGGCUACAGACCUGUUACUGGAUAUAAACACGGCUGGGAAUGAUGUAUCUGUAUCAGGGGACAGAAAAUUUGCUUCCUUCUCACUCACAGACCAGCGUCACCCACAAACCCCAGAGAGAUUUCAGUUGGUGCCUCAGACUUUAAGCAGCAGGAGUUUCCCCUCAGGGCGACAUUACUGGGAAGUGGAGGUCAGUGAAUCAGGGGAGUGGGGGGUAGGGGUGGCCUAUCCCAGUAUAGAGAGGGGAGAGGGUCAGUCCUGGAUUGGGAAUAAUAACAAGUCCUGGUGUUUGUACAGAUGGCAUAAUAAUAACUAUACAGCUACACAUGACAGUAAAGACACACAGUUACCCCACGUCCCUUCCUGCAGGAGAAUCAGGAUCUCAUUGGACUAUGAGGCCGGACGUCUGUCCUUUUAUGAGCUGAGUGAGCCAAUCAGACACUUACACACCUUCACUGCCACAUUCACUGAGCCCCUUCAUGUUGCAUUCUGGGUAUGGGGGGGUGAUGAUGAUGAUGAUGAUCGUGCCUGGGUGAGAAUCAUUAGUUAGGUCACUGCCCAGCAUUAAACCCAUUGCCAGAGUUGCCCUUAGCCCAGUGGAAAGGAAAGAAGGAAGGAGAACUAAACCCUAGACCUGAAUAUGGUUAGAAAUGUCACAUUGUAUAUACUGAACUUAUAAAACCAGGCUAUAGAUUCAGCAUGUCCCUAGAAGUAAUGAUGCCGACCUUAAAGGAAAAGUUAAAACUAAAUAAACUUUAUGAGAAAGGUGCAGGUAAAUACAACUAUGAAAAGUCACAGUAUCGCUGCUCUGGGUCCCUGUUCUUUACACAUUGGUCUGGGAUCAGAAUUCCUCCUCAAACUCCCUCACUCCCUUCACUUGAUUUUAUUUGAUCCUAGAGUAGAGCCGACAGCCAGAGACACAGCAGGGAAGUCACACAGGACUGACGAGGAAAUGUUCCACAAUUGUUUUCAGGCUGUGAAAUAUUCAGCAUUUAAUUCACCCAAAUAUCCCCAUGUGUCAUUGCCAGACCCGGAUUUCUAUAAUCAGCGCUACUAGGUCCUAGUGCCUGCCUGCUGUCACACACACCCCUCUCAUGCAAGUUCAUGUUGGACAGGGUCGGACUGUGGGGCCCGGGGCCAACUGGUACUGCUGGUCCAGGGCCCCCCGGGCCUAACUAUCACGUGCUGAGCUUGGCGCAACUGCAUGAACGGCGUAAGUGGCGUCUCUCGGUGCACAUGUGCAUAUCGGGAGGGGGGUCUGACCUGGCAGGUUAUUUCACUGAUGCCGGAUGGCUGGGGAGCUGCAGUUCUGUACAAUGUGACUGGGUGACAUGCCACCCCUGAAAUUUUGCUGCCCUAGGCCUGGGCUUUUGUUAAACUCCCAUAUACUCUUUUUCCCGGUGUGCAGAGAUAUUUAUAUUACAACAUAAUGUUCUGUCCCCAUUUUAUUACAAAUGUUACUGAGUAUGGCAGAUAAAAGCCUUUUAGUUCUCUGCAAUUUGACGGUAUAUAUAGUGAGUAAAGU